UAUCUCUGUCACUCCUCUCGUGACGCUUCUCCCGAUCCCGUUCCUCCACAAGGGAUUUCUCAAAGUCCUCGAGAGUCAUAUUCUCGAGGGAAACAGCUCUAUAGUCAAAAAAGAGGUGGUCAGGAGAGCAAACGGAAAUGAAUGAAUGACGUCGAAAGAAUUGGUCGAGACCUUUUUUUUCUCACCGCCUUGCGGGAAUUUCCCCUCACUUUUCAUCAUGAAAAGAAAAAAAGUCGGUUUGAUCUUCAUUGAUCUUUAGCUCAGAUAUCAACGCAAAUUUUGUUGUAUAGAAAGGGCGCAUCUUAUUUACACACAAAAAGAAAAUCUUGUUAAGCCACUAUAUUUCAAAUACAGCAGUGCACAGACUUCCUCCAUGAUGGCGAACCCCCCAGUCUCCGUCGUCUGCGUCGGCAUGGCAGGCUCAGGAAAAACUACUUUCAUGCAGAGAAUCAAUUCACAUCUUCAUUCGAAGAAAUCCCCGCCCUAUGUGCUCAACCUCGACCCCGCAGUCCACUCGGUCCCAUUCGAAAGUAACAUCGAUAUUCGCGACUCCAUCAAUUAUAAGGAAGUCAUGAAACAAUACAAUCUCGGCCCUAACGGAGGUAUUUUAACGUCAUUGAAUCUAUUCGCUACCAAAGUCGACCAGGUCAUCGCCCUACUCGAGAAGCGGACCGCUCCUAAUCCCUCCAACCCCGCCGCAAAGCCAAUCGAACACAUCUUAGUCGACACCCCAGGGCAGAUCGAGGUUUUCGUGUGGAGUGCAUCUGGUAGCAUUCUCCUCGAGACCUUGGCAUCAUCGUUCCCUACUGUGAUUGCCUACAUUAUCGAUACCCCGCGUACUAGCUCAACUAGCACCUUUAUGAGCAACAUGUUGUACGCCUGUAGUAUCCUAUACAAGACUAAGCUGCCAAUGAUCCUCGUGUUCAACAAGACAGAUGUCCAGGAUGCUGAGUUUGCGAAGGAAUGGAUGUCCGAUUUUGAUGCAUUCCAACAGGCUCUCCGGGAGGAGGAGGAGUCCGGUGCUUUUGGAACUGAAGGUGGAGCCGGGGGCUUUGGGGCUGGAAGUGGAUAUAUGGGUUCUCUUCUCAACAGCAUGAGUCUCAUGCUGGAAGAGUUUUACCGACAUUUGAACGUCGUUGGUGUUAGCUCAAUGACAGGCGAUGGUAUCGAUGAAUUUUUUGAGGCGGUUGAGGAGAAGCGCCAGGAAUUUGAACGAGACUAUAAACCUGAACUCGAACGUUUGAAGAAAGAACGCGAGGAAGCCAAGACAACACAGCGUGAGGUUGAACUCGGGAAACUAAUGAAGGAUAUGAAUCUAGCUAGCUCCAGUCGAGCCCAAGGCGCCGACGCGGCUGAGACUGUCAGUGAGGCCGAAGAAGAGGCGGAGGACAAUGCUGCAAGGAGAGGUGCCUUUGAGGAAUCGGAAGAUGACAGCGACGAGGAGUCGAGUGUUCCUCCGGCUGGUGAUAAUCAAGGUCUCAGCCAGCGAUACCAACAAGCACUUUCUGACUCCACUGGUAUGCCAUCUGAUCAGGACUUGAGCUUUGCCAGAUACCUACGCUCUAGCAACAUCAACCAAUAGCAUUUCCCCCUGCACAUUUGAUCUAUCAUAUUGCCCAUUUACCUGGUGUUGCGAGGUGUUUUUAUUGUCUUUGAAUCAUAAAGAAUAAUGUGGAAUGAAAAUAUAUCAUAGACUAUACGAAGCUACAUAAUAUGAAAUCA